GUGCGGUUAGUGCGAGUAUUCGAACACAGCUACUGUCGGUGUGAUGCAUCAUUUCCGCUUCCGCUUUCCCUCUGAUUGCAUCAGUUCCCUGUCAUCAGUUCGUCAAAGUUGGCAGCCGGAGAAAGAAAGACAUUGAUCAUGGUGGAGCCUGUUCCUGAAUCCAUCCACUUCCCUUCUGAGGAGAAGAGGAUCCUGCAGCUGUGGAAGGACAAGGACUGCUUCCAGGAGUGUCUCAAACAGUCCAAGAACAGGCCCAAGUACACGUUCUACGACGGGCCUCCGUUCGCCACAGGUCUCCCCCACUACGGUCACAUCCUGGCAGGGACCAUCAAAGACAUCGUGACUCGCUUCGCCCACCAGAGCGGCUUCCACGUGGACCGCCGGUUCGGCUGGGACUGUCACGGCCUGCCUGUGGAGUAUGAGAUUGAUAAGACCCUGGACAUCAAGGGACCGGACGAUGUGGCCAAGAUGGGGAUUGCUGAGUACAACCGGCAAUGCAGGAUGAUCGUCAUGAGAUACGCUAACGAAUGGGAGAACUCUGUAACCAGGAUGGGGCGGUGGAUUGACUUUAAGAACGACUACAAGACUCUGUACCCCUGGUUCAUGGAGACUGUCUGGUGGGUGUUCAGGCAGCUGUAUGAUAAAGGUCUGGUGUACCGCGGGGUGAAGGUCAUGCCCUUCUCUACCGCCUGUAACACGCCGCUGUCCAACUUCGAGUCUAACCAGAACUACAAGGAUGUGCAAGAUCCGUCGGUGAUAGUGAACUUCCCCCUUCUGGAAGAUGAGAACGUGUGUCUGAUCGCCUGGACAACCACACCCUGGACUCUGCCUAGCAACCUGGCUCUCUGCGUCAACUCAGAGUUGCAGUAUGUCAAGGUCAAAGACAACAGCACUGGGAAGGUGUACAUUAUGAUGGAGGCCAGGCUGGUAGCACUCUUCAAGACCGAGGAGGAAUACACCAUCAUGGACAAGUUCCCUGGGAAGACGCUGAAGGGGAAGAAAUACAAGCCUCUGUUUGACUAUUUCAGGAAGUGCGGGGAGACGGGGGCCUUCCAGGUGGUGAUGGACAGUUAUGUCAGAGAGGAGGAGGGGACAGGAGUCGUCCACCAGGCGCCAUACUUUGGAGCUGAUGAUUACCGUGUGUGUAUGGAGAACAACAUCUGCCAGAGAGACCAGGCUCCCGUCUGUCCUGUCGACUCCUCUGGGUGCUUCACUGAUGAAGUCACUGACUUUGUGGGACAGUAUGUCAAGGAUGCUGACAAGAACAUCAUCAAAUGGCUGAAGGAACGAGGUCGUCUGGUCAACAGCGGCUCUUUCAAGCAUAGCUACCCUUUCUGUUGGAGAUCUGACACUCCUCUGAUCUACAAGGCUGUUCCCAGCUGGUUUAUUCGGGUCGAACACAUGGUGGAGAAGCUGCUGGCAAACAAUGACAAAUGCUACUGGGUUCCUGAGUUUGUGCGGGAGCGUCGUUUUGGUAACUGGCUGAGGGAUGCGCGUGAUUGGGCCGUUUCCAGGAACCGCUAUUGGGGCACGCCCAUCCCCCUCUGGUGCAGCGACGACUUUGAGGAGGUGGUGUGUGUAGGAUCCAUGGCUGAGCUGGAGGAGUUGACAGGAGUGAAAGUAACUGAUCUGCAUCGGGAGAGCAUUGACCAGUUGACUAUCCCGUCCCGCUGUGGUAAAGGUGUGUUGCGCAGGGUCACUGAGGUGUUUGACUGCUGGUUUGAGUCGGGCAGCAUGCCCUACGCCCAGGCCCACUACCCCUUUGAGAACAGGAAGGAGUUCGAAGACACCUUCCCCGCUGACUUCAUUGCUGAGGGCAUCGACCAGACCAGAGGAUGGUUCUACACCCUCCUGGUGUUGUCCACCGCUCUGUUUGGAAAACCACCGUUCAAGAACGUCAUCGUCAACGGACUGGUGCUGGCCAGCGAUGGACAGAAGAUGAGUAAACGCAAGAAGAACUACCCUGAUCCAGGUCUGGUUGUGGAGAACUAUGGAGCCGAUGCCCUGAGGCUCUACCUAAUCAACUCCCCGGUAGUGAGAGCUGAGAACCUGCGUUUCAAAGAGGAAGGAGUCAGAGAUGUUCUGAAGGAUGUGUUCCUCCCCUGGUACAACGCAUACCGCUUCCUGGUCCAGAACGUCCAGCGUCUCCACAAGGAGGACGGCAUCAGCUUCCUGUACAACGAAGCCACAGCCAAGCGCAGUGACAACAUCAUGGACAAAUGGAUCCAGUCCUUCACCCAGUCUCUCAUCCAGUUCUUCAAAGCUGAGAUGGAUGCUUACAGGCUGUACACGGUGGUGCCAAAGCUUGUCAAGUUUGUGGACAUGCUGACCAACUGGUACGUGAGGACCAACCGCAGGCGUUUCAAGGGAGAGAGUGGAACCGAGGACUGUCUGGGGGCUCUGGAGAAUCUCUUCAGCGUUCUGUUCUCCAUGUGCAGACUGAUGGCUCCCUUCACCCCGUUUAUUACAGAGAUGAUGUACCAGAACCUGCGUCACCUGAUCGACCCCGCCUCUGUAGAGGAGAAGGACUCCAGUAGCAUCCACUACCUCAUGCUGCCUCUAGUCAGGGAGUCGUUGAUUGACAAGCGUAUAGAAAGUGCGGUGUGUCAGAUGCAGUCUGUCAUUGAGCUUGGACGAGUCAUCAGAGACCGCAGGACUCUGCCCGUUAAGUAUCCCUUAAAGGAGGUGGUAGUGAUCCACCAAGAUCCAGAAGCUCUGAGAGACAUCACCUCCCUGCAGAAAUACAUCCUGGAGGAGUUGAAUGUCCGCCAGUUGACCUUGUCCACGGACAAAGACAAGUACGGCAUCAGCCUGCGGGCUGAACCGGACCACAUGGUGCUGGGAAAGAGGCUGAAAGGGGCCUUCAAAUCCAUUACGGCGUCCAUUAAGGAACUGAAGAGCGAACAGCUGGAGACCUUCCAGAAGACUGGCUCCAUCGUGGUGGACGGUCAGGAGCUUCAUGAGGAAGACCUGAGGUUGAUGUACAGCUUCAACCAGACCUCUGGCUCAGCGACACAGUACGAGGCCCAUUCUGACUCACAGGUGCUGGUGCUGUUAGACGUCACUCCAGACCAGUCCAUGCUGGAUGAGGGUGUGGCUCGUGAGGUCAUCAACCGCAUCCAGAAACUACGCAAAAAGGGUCACCUGGUGCCGUCUGAUGAGAUCACAGUGUACUACAGCUGUGAGCCGGCAGGUGAUUACCUGGACCAUGUGAUCCAGGCCCACACAGACUUCAUCCUUGUAACCACCAAGGCACCGCUCAAGACCUACCCCGUCCCCAAGGACUCCGGCGUCAUCGUGCAGGAGAAAACACAGUUGAAGGGUUCGGACCUGGACCUGACCAUAGUGAAGGGAGCAGCCGCCACUCGAGCACCUCUGACUGGACCAGCCUGUGCCUACAUCAACCUCCAACUCCAACUCAACAACAAGGAACAAGAGGGUGUGGUUCUCCUGGAGAACCCUAAAGGAGAUAUCUGUCUGGACCUGGCCAAGCUGAGACGGGUCUGCUCCAGUCUCUUUGGUCUCAACAACACCAAGCUCUGUGUUUUCAACGGCAAGACUGAGUUGACUGGUAAGUGUGAUCUGCUGUCUCUGAAUGGGAAAACCCUGUCGGUGACAUCAGGCUCCAAUCCCAGUGACUCCUCUCCCAACUCGGACUCUCUGGUGUGUCCCUACGUCAACCUCCAACUGGCCAACUGUCAGCCAGCUGAGUGUCAGAGUGGAGAUGUGGGGACCCUGCUGCUGGUCAAUCCUGUCGGACACAACUACCUGACCCACAAUGCUUUGCUGUCUGAGACGGCUAAGUUGUUCGGCCUCCGCAGCCGUAGGCUGAAGCUCUACCUGGACGAUGCGCUCACCCAAGAAAUCCCAGCAGAGUGGUCAAUGAAGACGCUGGACGGGAAGACUCUGUACGUUGGAGUUCUGCCCACAACUGCAGAGGCAUAGGACCGGGAACAGCCAGACUGUAGAAGAGGGAGGAACAGCCACACUGUAGAAGAGGGAGGAACAGCCACACUGUAGAAGAGGGAGGAACAGCCAGACUGUAGAAGAGGGAGGAACAGCCAGACUGUAGAAGAGGGAGGAACAGCCAGACUGUAGAAGAGGGAGGAACAGCCAGACUGUAGAAGAGGGGGCUAUGUCCCAAAUGCCAUCCUAUUCCAUACAUAGUGCACUACUGUUGACCAGGGCCCAAUGGCGCUCUGAGCAAAGCUAGUGCACUACUGUUGACCAGGGCCCAAUGCCGCUCUGAGCAAAGCUAGUGCACUACUGUUGACCAGGGCCCAAUGGCGCUCUGAG